CUGCUGCUGUGCUGUUCCUCCUCCUGUGCUGGUCUCUCGUAUCAUAAUAGUGCUAAGUUACCGCUGCUGUGUUACUGCUGUGACUGAUUCUACCAGAGGACAGAAAAUAAAUUGAGUACAUAAGAAUAAAUCAAAAGGUAAAAAUAAUCAGUUUGAAUACCGAGGAAUCGAUUAGUUGAGUAAAACCUGAAGGAAAGGAAAUUGAGUUGUUUUCUUCCGUAUUUUCAAGAAAUUGUGAAUAAAAAAUAAAGAACUGCUCAUUCUUCUUCAUUACUGACAAUAUUGAUUUAUCUAAACCAAGAGGAAUGGCGCCGACCGAUAAUUGAUUCUUUAGACAGUGCUGAUUUCUUUUUUCUUUUUUGUAAGGUUAGAAAACGGAGGAAGCGACCAAUUGUGUGACAGAAAACGAAGCACUGAUCGCAUGCGUCUCACACAGUCCUCAACUACCAGGUCCCGCGUGUGCCACUUCUUGACCAUUACUGUUCCCAAGUGCCCCAUCUGCUCCACAUACCCUCACGCGCUCACAUAUUGAGAGCCAGGAAUCACUCUACUGUACUUACCAUACCAGUACUCAACUACUUGUCGGUGUGAGCAGUACAAUACUAUACUUCGCUAUCUUCAAUGCUUAGCAAAUUUCCCAGAAACAGAAUAUAGAGACGUGAAUCAAGCUCGCCCAUUGAGUUAAGUUUUCUAUGUGAGUGAAAUGGAACGUGAUUUUAACAGUUGUAUGUCACGAAAGCCAGAAACCGUGAUGUGUUGUGUUUUGUGAUGUUUGGUGGUUGAGGCGUGAGAAAAAGAUCCAUUCGCCUGUUUGUGAGGCCGAGCGCGAUAUUCCCAGUGAAACACACGGUGUCUUGCUAAACCACUCCCUGAAGGUUUGUGGGGUAAUGAUUACGAUCAAUAUUCAACCAGAGGCGGACUCAGGUGUGGGAACAGUGCCCCCCCCCCCACCUUCUACCUAUCUCUACCUGUAGUAUUCCCAUCUAUCCACACCCAUAGUACUGUGCCGCCCACCCUCGCCCAUAGUACUGUCAUCCACCCACAUCUGUAGACUGUUACCCACCCACACCCAUAGUACUGCCACCCACUUAUACCUUCAGUGCCUUUGUAUUAUUUAUUAUAUAAUAGAUUAAAAAAAUACUAUUUUAAUGUGAACAAAUUUAAUUAUACAAGAUACACAAAGGAACAUGCAUUCUGUCUGGACUCGUUAAUAAGUCUUCUAUACACGAAAGGAAAUUUUUUGUCGAGUAAAAAUAAUUUGUGGAGACAAAAAAAAACUUGUGUUUGAUGUAAAGAGACAGUCAGUGUAGGUACAGGAGAAAGUUAUCUUUACACAGAAGACAAAGUUUCAAGACAUAGAUGAGCAUUAAUAUAGACCCAAGAAAACAUUUUUAACUCACUCGAAAACUUUUUGAGGCAGAGCGGAUAAUCGUUUCGUAAACUUAGCUUUUUGGGACGCAUGAGAACACAAAUUGAGUAAAUAACUCCAGAAGAAAAUGAAAAUGACUUAGAAAACGAAAUAAUAAAAACUGAUUAGGAAACAGGAAGACACAAUUCAAAAAGGAGUUUGUAAACCCAAGAAAGAAAUUUGGACACUAAAUUGUUUCGUUUAGAAAUUGAGAAAAGAGUUGUGAAGAAAGAUGCCGGGCGCCAGGAUCCACCCCUCAUCUGACCUGCACCUCCCACUGCCUGUGACGUCAGGGUCCCCCGUGGUACAGGACCAUACUGGGUCACUUUUACCUGUUCCUGCUGGUAAAACGUUGUCCUCAUCAUCUGUUCGGGCAACGAAAUCGUUCUCUCCACUACCUGUGUUGGUAGCAAAGUCAUUUUCAUCAUCUGUAACUACAGCUAAAACGUUAACCCCAAUACCUGUGGCACCAGUUAAUUCCACGUCCCAGUUAUCUGUUCUUCCAGCUAACAUGAUGUCCCCAUUACCCGUGCCACCAAGUAAAGCGGGAUCCCCACUACCUGUGCGGGCACAUGAAGAGCCUGUAUCAAUGACGUCAUCGAUUGUUGACGUAUUAUUUGAAGGUCAGAGAAGCAGAGAGAAAAACCAGUCACCAGCGCCACCUACUACCGCACACUACACUAAAACACAACGUCUUCAGGUACGCCUCGACCAGCUGCAGUCCGAUGUAAACCACCUCGAGCAGCGGAGCGAGAAGCUGGAGGAGAAGCUUAAGACAUUCCUGAAGCAGCAACAGGACAUCGCUGAGGCCACCGACCACCUCGAUGUCAAGCUCGACGCCCUGGCCAAGUCCCACAAGUCUGUCUCCUCUCACGCUGUAGGGCGGUGAGUCUCCCUGGCCAGCUGGUGGUGUAGUGAGUCUCCCUGGCCAGCUGGUGGUGUAGUGAGUCUC